AUGCAUAUGGACUAUAUCCUACGUGCCAGACUGAUAAGGGCUAACAAGGAUCUGGCCGAACAACUGCAGCGUUUGUGGCAAGAACACCAGCUUAAGAAUGCGUGCUUGGUUGGUAUGCAGUUUGCACGAGAACCUUGUACAACCAUGCCCCAGCUGGCUUCAUGGUUGGGAUCCAAAUACUUGCACGUGCCAAGUGCGAAUGACAACGAGCAUGUGAUAGAGGCUCAGGAGCAAGAAGCUUUAGAUCUCUCUUUGUCGCUCGGCUAUACAGCAGCCGCGCCAACACCUGACGCCGAGACAGCGCGUCAUGGGAACGAUGAGCACGCACGUCCAAAGAACGUAAACUGGUACUGGGAUCAGCGGUCAGAACCACGGUGUCCAACGACAUCACUGUCUGUGUAUGACGCCAAUAAAUCGGUGUCUCUGACCGACGCAGCUCGUCUGCUUCUUAGUGAAUGGCCGAUUGGCACGUCCACUGACUCGUACACAUACCGUCCCGCGUACCGUGGGCUAGACUUUGACGCAGGCGCUGCACUAAACUCAACCCCUGCCGGACGCUUUGUAUCAGCAUCGCAAAUCGUGCGGCCUUCCAUUGGUCGUUCAAAUAAGCCCGGGAAACACACCAGGCAGAAUGAUGAGCCAACGAGCUCACCCAUCUACUCAUCAAUGCAAUCUUCGCAACCACCUUCUUCACAAGAUGGUGUGGUUCAAACGCAGCUGGAGCCAGGGAGAUAUGCUCGGCGGCGUUCGAUGGCAGCACAACCGCGCAAGAAAAGGCUUGGUGGAUUCUAA